AUGGCCAUGGAAAGAGAGAAGGGAGCAGGCUCGGGUUCCACUAUCCCUUCCAAAAACAAGCCUUUCUGUGCAGUGAUUGGAAGACCUUCAAGCAAAAACUACAUUUCCCAGAAGUCUUCGGGCUUCUUCCGACGAAAUGCCCUGGCGCGCUGCUUUCCGGCUGUUUUUACGUUAGAUCGAAAAAACGGCUUUUACGGCUGGGCCGACAUCCACAACAUGGGUUCUACGUGGACAGGGACCCUUGAAAAUACAGAUCCCGUCAAGAUCCCUGUGCCUCGUGAAGUCGCCCCUCCCGCCAACCCCACGACCACAGAUGCUUCGGAAGUGCAGACCACUCCGGCGCAAACUCCGUUAUUUAAAAACUGCUGGAGCUGUCGCCUGAUGUCCGGGUCUGGGCUCAUAGCGGCGGGCGCCUAUGUGUACUUAGUGUCGCGGAGGCCCUUGAAGCUGGGAUUCGCCCCGGGCCCGGGGACUCUAGCCAAAAUGACCUUCGGCAUCAGCAUUGCCUGUUGGGGUGUAGUUAUCCUGAUAGACCCCAAAGGAAAGGCCUACCGUGUUGCUUGAAGUACCACCAGUGAAUUCAUGUCCUGUGCCUGGCCCACUGACAUACAGAUCAAGCAUGAGGUUUAUGGAUGUUCUGAACAGACAGAGA